CCCCAGAUGUCCGAACCUGGUUCGCAAACGGAGAUGGAGAUUGACUCAAUAGCAGUGGAUACUCAGCCAUCACAGAUUAAUCAAAAUGCAGUUGCAGUUACAGCAUCAUCUUCGCAGGGGUUAGUUGUUGAACAAGAUGUUGUUGAGCUUGACAGCAAUGAAGAUGGAGCAGGGAGGAAGGAGAUAGCAUCAAGGUCAAAGAUGUGGGAUCACUUUAUUAAGAUCAGAGAUGACAAAAAGAUUGUUAGAAGUGCCAAGUGUAAGUAUUGCAGCCGUAUAUUGAAGGCAGACUCAAAAUCUAAUGGUACAUCUUCUUUGAAGAAGCAUUUCAAUGUUUGCAAGCGCAAUCCACACAAAUUUGCUAAAGAUCCAACACAGGGCACUCUACAAGCAACUCAAGGUGAAGGUGUCGUCACUUGGAGGUUUGAUCAAGAUGAACUUAGGGCUGCAUUUGCUGAGAUGGUUAUAGAGGAUGAACAACCCUUUUGCUUUGGUGAGAAACCAGGAUUGAGAAAGUUUAUGGCAAAAGCAUGCCCACGUUUCCAACUUCCAUCUAGAAGAACAUGUACUAGAGAUGUUCAAUUGGAUAGCUAUAUAACCGUAACAACUAGUUUUAUUGAUGACAGUUGGAGGCUACAUAAGAAGGUUAUUGGUUUUUUCAUGGUGAAGGGUCAUAAAGGUGAUGAUAUAGGAAAAAAUGUGAUGAGAUGCAUGUCUGAAUGGGGUUUAGAUAGAGUAAUGACUAUAACAGUUGACAAUGCAAGUGCAAAUGAUACAGCACACAUUAUUAAUCUCAUCGUGCAAGAUGGCUUAAAAGAAGUGGAUGUCUCUGUAAAGCGUGUUAGAGCUGCUGUUAGAUGGAACUCCACAUACCUAAUGCUGAAAGCUGCACUUGUUUAUGAGAAGGUGUUCAUAAGGUUCGCAGAAGAGGAUAUGAGCUAUGUAAUUGAUCUAUCUGAAUCAAGGGAUGGAGUUGGUCAUCCAGAUGAAACUGAUUGUACAGAUGUUCUACAAUCAGCUAUGGGCAGGAGAAUGAAAGAUAAAUUUGAUAAAUAUUGGGGAAUUUGGAACAAUAACAGAAAUGGGAAUAUGAACAGCAGUAGAAAUGGAAAGGAGAAGGAGAAAGAGAACUUCAAUUUGCUAAUGUUUGUUGCUGGAUGUCUUGAUCCAAGAUACAAGUUAUCUAUGUACACAAAGAUAACUGUUGAAGAGAUAUUUGGUGAGGAAAGGGGACAGCUAGUUUGGGAAGCAAUUAACACCUGUGUUCGUGAUUUGUUUGAAGAAUAUAGGAGAAUGUAUAGUCCAAGUGAAGAGGCAACUAAUGUUACUGAUCCAAUAGCAUCAAAGGGAGGAAGAGGAGGCAAGUUGAAAGAGGUUGUUGCUAAGAGAAUGAAGCUAGGCAACGGUUCAAGCAAUAACACUAAAUCUGAGCUUGACAAAUAUCUUGCUGAAGAAACAGAAGACAUGAAAAUGAAGCUUGAUCUUUUACUUUGGUGGAAGGCAUCUUAG